ACAAAAAUCAGGUUGCCGUUUAGGAGAAGUGCUUAUACUCCUAACACUACGGUAAUAGUUGCUAGAGGAAGUGAAGCUGCAGUGUGAUUUUUGUGCGCGAAAAAUAAAAUGGGAUAAGAAAUGUCAGCAUGUCUGAAACCGGUGCUCAGGUUGUUUUUACAGUUGUUUGCGAGGCUUGAAGGACGGCGGUGUUUGAAGGACAUCGAGCCCCAACUAUUUCCUGAAGAUUGUGGACCAUUACAAGGAGACAUUGUGGAGCUGCAUGGCACAGAGGGCACUGCUAAAACCGAGAUGCUGUACCACCUGAUCGUGCGCUGCAUCCUGCCAACAAAGCAUGGGGGCCUGGAGGCAGAGGUCAUGUUUGUGGACACCGACUUCCACUUUGACACACUUCGUCUGGUGACCAUCCUAGAGGCCAGGUUGGCUCAGCUGGCAGCGGGGGCCGCAAGCGAGAAGCAUCCAAAGGAGGGCACUGAGGAAGAAGAGGGUGAUGAGGAGACGGUGAAGGCAUGCCUGCGGAGGCUCUUUGUGGUCCACUGUAGCAGCUCGGCACAGAUGCUUCUCAGCUUUCAUUACCUGGAGGGCUGGUUCAGCAGUAGGCCCGCUCUGGGCCUGCUGGUCCUGGACAGCAUCUCCGCCUUCUACUGGCAGGACCGGAGCGGCGGUGGGGAGAGCGUGCCCCGGCAGGAGGCCAACCUUCGGAAGUGUGCCCAGCUCCUAGAUCGGCUUCGCAGGGACUAUGGCAUUGUGGUUUUUGCCACCGUGCACGCCGUUAUGAGGAACUAUGGGUCAUCUGAAGCAUCCAGUAGCACAGCACCCAGACCGUGUGAGGCACCAUCACCUUCAUCAUCAUCAUCCUCAUCUUCAAACUCUCGCCGAUGGAGCACCGUGGUUGACUUUGAUAAGCCAUACCUGUGCCGGGCGUGGCAGAGACUGGUCACUCACAGGUUGGUGUUCUCAAAGAGUGACAUUUUAAAGGGCAGAAGGCCCGUGUUCUCUGUGGCGUGUACCACCACCAGGACGAGGGGAGUGAAGAGGAGCUCAUUCUGUAUAGCAGAUACUGGGUUGCAGUUCUUAUGAUUAGGGCUACUAUUUUAUAAUUUUGUAAUGACUAAGGCUACUUUCAUCUUCAUGUGAUUAAGGCUACUGGUUUGUUUUGUUCAGUGGUGACCUUUUUGUUGUUUCUUCUUGUUGUUUGUGACCUUGUUAUUACUUUUGUCCCAGCUCUGGAGAAAUAGAACAUUUUAGAGCUACUGUCUAAUUCAGCCUCCAUUCAAACAAUAUGGCUAUUUAAUGUAAGUCUAUGUAGGGAUAUUAACAUGUUAAAUUAUCGUUCAAUUAUUACUUUAUCAGUGAUCUCAGUUAUUGCAUUUCUGUGUGCAUUACUAAAGUGCCAACUUUAUACACAAUUUGGUGUAAGUGUGGAUUUAGUGGACUUCCUCAAGGCUUCAAGACUCUGGUUCUCUGCUGUCUGACAACCUGAAAUAACGUUUUGUGUAGAAUAUUUCACAAAUACUUUUCAUAACCUUGUUUCAUUGGUGCAUUUUGUGUAUCUUAAUUACGGAGAUGAAAAAAUAAGUCUUUGUGAAAAUUCUGAUCACAAAAAUGUAAUUUGGAUCAAGACCAUCAAAUAUUGUUUGGUCUGUCAAAAUAAUUUUUAAAAGAGCUUCUAAGCAAUUUGUUAACAUUUCAGUGAAAUUAUGUUUGUAUGGGUGUAUUUUCAGACUUUAAACCAUCAGGCCUA